UCGGUCGCACUCGAGGUAGGCCGGAAGGCAGAUAACGAAUUAGGUCGGACCCGCGGUAGACAUUCGGGAGUUCCACGUGUCCGUACUGGUUUUUUUCGUUCAACGAUUCAGUUUGCAGACGGAAACACGUGUAAAGGAUCUGUGAUAGUGACGAAGUGAAUGUCGGCCAAACUAGAAGACUGAAACGUAGAUUUAUAACAAUGUUUGAAUCGUACAUCCGGAGCAGCGUGCUGCUCUCCAAGGCAAUCAAAAUUGGUUCCUACUUCUCACCAAUCACUUUGAUACUGGUGACUAUGAUUUUCGGCGCAAUUUACGUGUACAAUAGGCGCCGAGCGCGGCUGGUAAAAUUGAUCGAAAAAAUCCCUGGACCAGCCAGCAUGCCCUUCCUGGGGAACAGUUUGCACAUCAACGUGGAGCACGAUGAAAUCUUCAAUCGCAUCAUUUCGAUCCGUAAACUGUACGGUCGACAGCAGGGCUUCAGUAGAGCAUGGAACGGCCCCAUGCCGUAUGUGGUAAUCUCUAAAGCGAGUGCUGUAGAGCCCAUUCUCGGCAGCCCGAAGCACAUCGAGAAAAGCAACGACUACGAAUUUCUGAAACCGUGGCUCGGCACCGGACUUCUCACCAGCCAAGGGCCGAAGUGGCACCCGCGGCGAAAGAUUCUUACGCCGGCGUUUCAUUUCAAAAUUUUAGACGACUUCGUGGACAUCUUCCAGGAGCAGAGUGCCGUACUGGUGAAACGGUUGGAGCGAGAGGUUGGCAAUGAGACCGGAUUCAACUGCUUCCCGUACGUAACGCUGUGCGCACUCGAUAUCGUUUGUGAAACUGCCAUGGGACGGCUGGUGAACGCUCAACUUAACUCUGAUUCGGAUUACGUCAAAGCAGUUUAUCAAAUUGGCAGCAUUGUCCAGAACCGUCAGCAAAAAAUAUGGCUUCAACCGGACAUCAUAUUCAAGCGUACGGAGGACUACCGAAACCAUCAGCGAUGUCUAUCUAUUUUACACGAGUUUUCGAAUCGGGUGAUCCGCGAACGCAAAGAGGAAAUCCGCAGACAGAAGAGUGUCAACAAUAAUUCUAAGGAAGGUAUCACAGAGCAAGCAGCAACUGUCGAUGGCAACAAUAACCCAGAGGAGUUUGGUCGCAAGAAGCGACUAGCUUUCCUAGACCUGCUGAUCGAGGCAUCCCAGGACGGAACGGUCCUCUCGAACGAAGAUAUCCGCGAAGAGGUAGACACAUUCAUGUUCGAAGGUCACGACACAACCUCGGCAGCGAUUUCCUGGAUCCUGCUGCUGCUGGGCGCAGAACCAACCAUUCAGGAUCGCAUCGUGGAAGAAAUAGACCAAAUCAUGGGCGGUGAUCGGGAGCGGUUUCCCACCAUGAACGAGCUCAACGAAAUGAAGUACCUCGAAUGCUGCAUCAAGGAGGGUCUCCGGCUGUACCCCAGCGUGCCAUUGAUUGCCCGGAAGCUAAUCGAAGACGUCCAGAUCGACAACUACACUAUCCCUGCCGGAACGACAGCGAUGAUUGUGGUCUACCAGCUGCACCGAAACCCGGAGGUGUUCCCCAAUCCGGAUAAGUUCAACCCGGACCACUUCCUGCCGGAGAACUGCCACGGUCGGCACCCGUACGCGUACAUCCCAUUCAGUGCCGGCCCCCGGAACUGCAUCGGGCAGAAGUUCGCUGUGCUGGAGGAGAAAUCAAUCAUCUCGGCCGUACUGCGCAAGUACCGCAUCGAGGCGAUCGACCGACGCGAAGAUCUCACCCUGCUGGGCGAGCUGAUCCUUCGACCGAAGGAUGGCUUACGGAUACGGAUUAGACGGCGAGAGUAGAGGUUUAGGUUUAUUUUUUGUAUCAUAUCUCCAGUAGCGUAUUUCCUAGGUUUAUUGGAUGAAAUUGUGGUGUAUGAAUUAUGUUGAAUGAUUUUAAAUGUCAUUAUUUCUGAUACAAACUCAGCGCUUUGGUACACAGGAAUUUUUACUUAUUAGAGCUUCGUGCUGCAGUCCUGGAUACGUAAACAUGCAGUAAUGCGUUUUUUUUUUUGUACCGAAAGCCAAUAAAUGUAUUUGAAUUGUAAA